ACGGUAAAUGCCCCGCCGAAUCUACCCGAUCCGACGCGACCAGUUGAGCCAAGGACUAUGGCGCAUAGUGAAACACAACCUUUGUUAGAGUCAAACAGUUACCAAACUCAACCCGAGCAUGAUUCCCAGGCGGAUUUACCCGUGAGAUACCUCGAAAGUCUCCCGGGAUCAACCCAGGGAAAGAGCAUCAGCUGGGCCAGCGCAUAUAUACUAGUGGUUUCUCGAGUCAUCGGAAGCGGUAUUUUCGCCACGCCGGGAUCCAUCGUCAAAUCUGCUGGUAGUAUCGGGCUGACCUUGCUGGUAUGGCUGGUUGGCACGAUUCUAGCGGCGUGUGGUAUGGCGAUUUCGAUGGAGUAUGGGUGCAUGCUACCUCGGUCGGGAGGUGAUAAGGUAUAUUCUAUCCGACCGGAUCAAAAGUACAAUAUGCUAAGUUCCUUCGAGGUCUACUUGGAGUAUACUUAUCCGCGACCGCGAUUUCUUGCGUCGACGUUGAUUGUUUUCCAAGCAGUAGUGCUGGGCUUCUCAGCGUCUAACUGCAUCAUCUUUGCAAAGUAUGUGCUAUUUGCAUUCAAAAUCGAGCCGACGGAUCUCCAACAGAAGGCUUUGGCUGUUGGUCUUUUGACUGCAGUCACGAUAAUUCAUGGUUGCUUCUUGAAGACUGGAAUCGCGAUUCAGAAUGCUCUUGGCUGGGUCAAGCUCCUCUUGAUCGGGGCAAUGUCAUUGACCGGGGUUUGGGUCCUUCUUCUUCACUUCUUCGGAGGGGCUAUUAACGUGUCGCCAGGGGGAGAAACAUCUACUUCCAUUUCUUGGGACUACCUGUGGGAGGGUUCGAAUUGGAGCUGGAGUCUGUUGUCAACAUCGGUUUUUAAGGUGAUCUACUCCUAUGCCGGGCUGAGCAACGUCAACAAUGUAUUGGAUGAAGUGAAGGACCCAGUCCGGACGUUGAAAUCUGUUUGUCCCAGUGCUUUGGUGACAGCUGGUGGUCUAUACUUCUUAGCCAAUCUUUCCUAUCUACUGGUGGUGCCGCUGGAGGAAAUCAAAAACAGUGGAGAGCUGGUGGCUGCCUUACUGUUCCAGCGAUUAUUUGGUGAGCACGUCGGGAGAACACUCUUCCCACUUGCCAUUGCUAUUUCCGCCGCAGGCAAUGUAAUGGUGGUUACAUUUGCCUUGGCGCGCGUCAACCAAGAGAUUGCUCGACAAGGAUUCCUACCCUGGCAAAAGCUGCUUUCAUCUUCACGACCAUUUGGAAGUCCGCUGGGGGGUCUAAUUGUUCAUUAUAUACCUUCGCUCCUGGUGAUAACGUUACCUCCACAAGGAGAUGUCUAUAACUUCAUCCUAGACGUUGAAGGAUACCCCGGUACAAUAUUUGGUUUGGCCGUGACCAUUGGACUGUUGAUACUGCGAUACAAAGAGCCACACCGCUUCCGCCCUUAUAAAGUGUGGCUUCCAGCCGUCUUUCUGCGUAUUGUGGUAUGCUUCGCCUUGCUUGCAGCUCCUUUCAUCCCACCGCCUAAUUGGCAAGGUGAUGUGGACUUCUUCUAUGCGACGUAUGCUAUAGUAGGGAUUAGCGUUAUUCUCUUAGCAAUUGUCUAUUGGUAUGUGUGGACCGUGCUUCUGCCUCGGUGGGGAGGAUAUAAGUUGGUGGAGACGGUCGACACGCUUGAUGAUGGCACAAGCAUUACCAAAUUGGAUCGUUCAUAUGAUGUUUCUUAG